GUUUUCCCAGCUCUCUCCAGCUGCAGCUCGGGGGGUCGGGAAUUCCUGGCUGUGUUCCCCCAGAAUGACGAUGAGUCCCCGAGUGCAACACUGAAGCUGCUGCUCACCCGGCAGGGCCCCAGUGACACGGCGGCCUCGGUGACACUGCACGGUCCCUUCGGCACCCGCGAGGUCACUGUGCCACCCGGUGUCACCAAGGCCGUGCCCAUUCCCGCCCACCUGGAGCUCACAGGGAGCUGCAUGGCCAACAAGACUGUGGUGGUCCGGGCCAGUGCUGAUGUGGCCGUGGUGGCCAUGAGCGCCAAGGGCUACACAGUGGGUGCCACGGCCCUGCUGCCCAUGCCCAGCCUGGGCACCAGGUACUAUGUGGUGACGCCCAUGGGGAAUGACACCUACGGCAUGGCUGAGCUCGUGGUGGUCGCCGGUGCUGCCAUCACUGCUGUCUCCAUCACCACCACGGCCACAUUCCAGUAUGCCGGGGACACCUACGUGCCGGGUGCGGUGCUGCGCCUCUUCCUGCAGCCCUACCACAGCCUGCAGCUGCAGAGCAGCCAGGACUUCACUGGCACUGCUGUGGUGGCCAAUGCGCCUGUGGCCGUGCUCAGUGGCCACACUUGCACCAAGGUGGCCGCGGGCUACGACUUUGUGGUGGAGCAGCUCCUGCCAACAGUGGCGUGGGGGAGGAGCUACGUGGUGCCACCCAACCCGGUGCAGCCAGGCACUGACCUUAUCUAUGUGGUGACGGAGGAUUGCAACACUAUCACCUAUAACAGCAGCAGCGGGGAGGUCACCAUGGCCAUGGCAGCAGGGGAGGCGCGGGCAUUGGUGGUGAACCACAACUCCCCCCUGCACCUCACUGCAGUGGCAGCGGUGCAGGUACUGCUGUUCUUCACUGGCUCGUCUUGGCAAGACCCCUUCCUCCUCAUCGUGCCACCUGUCACUGCCCACUGCACCGCGUUCCACCUCAGCACUGUGCCCGGCUACUACAACCAUGCCAUCCUCAUUGCGCCCACCGCCGCCACCGCUGCCACCACUCUCAACCACCAGCCAGCUGCCACCAUGAAGUGGCACGGUGUUCCCGGCAUGGAGUUCUCCUGGGCCGGCAUCACAGUGAGUCCCCAGACACGGAGCGCCGAGAACCCACAGGCGCCCAUGGGGCUCCUGGUGUUUGGGUUCGAGAGCAACACCGGGUACGGCUUUGCUGGGCUCUGCAUCACCGCUCCAGAGCCGGUCUCCUGCGAGGAUUUGAUGUGCGAGGAGAAGUGUGAGGUGGUGGAUGGACAACCAAAGUGCGUCCAGGAGACCUUCUCCACCUGCUGGCUCGCCAGUGGUUCGCACUACCGGAGUUUUGAUGGGAAGACCUUCGAUUUCAUGGGAACAUGCACCUACACCUUGACCACCCUCUGCAGUUCUGAUCCCACCUUUCCUGCCUUCUCUGUGGAGGUCCAAAAGGAGAAAAAGGAGAACUCUAAAGUCUCCUCCAUUGGUUCCAUCAACGUCCGCAUUGACAAUGUCACCGUCACUGUGGUCCGGGCAGAAAACGGGAUGGUGAGGGUGAACAACCACAGCUCUCGCCUGCCCAUCUCCCUCUCCUGCGGGAAGCUUCGGGUUCGCCAGAAGGGCAAAUCCGUGUUGAUCCAAUUGGAUUUCAUGCUGAAGGUCCUCUACGACUGGGACGAUCAUGUGGUGGUCAAAAUUCCAACUGCUUUUUCCGGGAGAGUCUGUGGGUUGUGCGGGAACAGCAACGGGAACCCCCGGGAUGAUGCACUGGCUCCCGAUGGGAGCAAGGUGUGGGAUAUCGUGGAGCUGGGGCGGAGCUGGAAGGUGACCAAUGGGAGCGGUCACUGCCAGGACACCUGCGAGGGGGACUGUGGGCGGUGUGGGUGGGAUGAGGAGGUGAUAUACAAGGCAGAGCGCUGGUGUGGGGUGUUGUCCUGGCAUGCCGGGCCAUUCCGGCGCUGUCAUGGCACCAUCAAUCCCAAUGUCUACGUGAAGAACUGUAUCCAUGACCUGUGCGCCCAUGGCGGCCAUCGUGCUGUGCUGUGCCACGCCCUCCAGGCCUAUGCCGACGACUGCCAAGAGAAUGGGAUCGACAUUUCUGAUUGGAGAAUGAGGAUGGGAUGUCGUGAAAAGUCCAUAAAGUCCAGGGAGACUCCAGGAAGUCCAUGUAGAAAGUCCAUAAAGUCCAGAGAGACUCCAGGAAGUCCAUGUAGAAAGUCCAUAAAGUCCAUGGAGUGUCUAGAAAGUCCAAGCAGGAAGUCCAGGAAGCCCGUGGAGACUUCAGAAAGUCCAGGUGGAAGGUUCCAGGAAGUCUGUGGAGACUCAGAAAGUCCAGCUUUCACCUGCCCUCCCAACAGCACCUACAGCACCUGUGGCCCCACCUGCCCCCCUACCUGCAACAUCCCGGCUGUGCCGUCCAGCUGUGCCGCCAGCACCACCUGCGUGGACUCCUGUGUGUGCCACGAGGGCCUUGUCCUGGAUGCCAACAUCUGCAUCCCCCCCUCUGACUGUGGUUGCGUCUUCGGGGGUCUCUUCCAUGGCCUAGGAGAGGAGUUCUGGGGUGAUCCCACCUGCACACAGCGCUGUGUGUGCGAUGCGGAGCAGCGGCAGGCAGUGUGCCGGAAUUCCAGCUGCGGUGCAGAGGAGGAGUGUCGGGUGCAAGAGGGAAUCCAGGACUGUUAUCCCAAAGUUUUUGGGGUCUGCAGCGCCGUUGGAACCACCCACUAUGAAACCUUUGACAGCAGGAGGUUCAUCUUCCAGGGGACGUGUGUCUACCUGUUUGUUGGGUUAUGUGAAGACAACCCAAAUUUGGUGGGGUUCCAGGUGUUGGUGCAGAACGGCCGCCAGGGCGACAGGCGCCUGUUGGCCAUUGCCAUGGUGACAGUCAAAGUCUACAACAAAACCAUUGGCAUCAGCAGGGAACAGCCUGGGACAAUCAUGAUCGAUGAGCGGUUGGUCAACCUCCCAUAUCUUCAUGGUGACAAACAGAUUGUUGUCUAUCGCCACGGGCGGGACGCAGUGGUAGAGACCAACUUUGGCCUUGUUGUUACCUAUGACUGGCACAGCCAUGUCACUGUGACAGUGCCUGGCACCUUCGCCAACACCCUGUGUGGGCUCUGUGGGAACUUCAAUGGCGCUGCCAGUGACGACAUGAGGAUGAGCAACAGCAACAUGACGUCAGACCCGGAUGCCUUUGGGAGCAGCUGGAAGGUUGCCGAUAUCCUGGGAUGCACUGAGAGAUCAAUGGCGGAAUGUUCUGGUGCCACCAUGGCACCACGGCUGCAACAGGAGGUGUCCGGGAUGGGGUGCGAGAUUGUGUUGGAAAAGGAUGGACCCUUUGGAGCAUGUCAUGGCCACGUGGACGCCCAGCCGUACUUCCAGAGCUGCAUCCGGGACUCCUGCCUCGUCCCGGAGCAGGAAGAUGGGAUGUGUCCGAUCAUUGCCAGCUACGCCAGCGCGUGCCAGGCUGCCGGCGUGUCCAUUGGGAGGUGGAGGAUGGAUAAUUUCUGCUAUAUUCCCUGCCCUCCUAACAGCUCCUACAAGCUCUGCUCUAACACCUGCCAGCACAGCUGCGGUGCCAGCUCUGCCACGUGCUCAGGGCGGUGCCGCGAGGGCUGCGCAUGCCAUGAUGGCUUCAUGCUCAGCGGGGACGAGUGUGUGCCCACAGCUCACUGCGGCUGCACCCACCACGGCGUGUACUACAAGGAGGAUGAGACCUUCUACCCCACAGAGCAUGAGGAGUGCCGGUGCCUCUCCAGCAGUGCUGUGGAAUGCCAAAAUAUUUCCUGUCCUGAUGGCAGCCCUGGGAAGGUCAUUGAUGGCAUCUUCCAGUGUCCCCCGCCAGCAUCUGGCACCUGCGUGGCCAUGGGAGACAGUGCCUAUAUCACCUUCGACGGGGUGGCCUUCAAUGUCACCGGGUCCUGCUCCUACAUCCUCAGCCAGACCUGCACGGGUGACGUGACAUCGUUUGUGGUCACAAUCCAGAAAGAGGCCCGUAGGAAGGGGAAGGUUUCCAGGAUCCAAGCGUUGUCUGUGGAAGUCUAUGGCGUCAACUUGACCUUAACCCAAGGAAAACGGGGAGAUGUCAUGGUGAAUUCAAUCUCUCACCACCUCCCGGCCAUCCUGGGCGAGGGGCAAAUCCAGGUGUAUCCCCAUGGGACAGGGGUCCUACUUCGCACUGACUUCGGCCUCGUCGUCCACUACGACCUCGCCCAGCACGUGACACUCACAGUCCCCCAGACCUACCUGGGCCACCUGUGUGGCCUCUGUGGCAACUACAACGGGCAACAUGACGAUGAUUUCCACCUCUCCAACGGCCAGCUGGCUCUGGAUGCAACAGCCUUUGGAUCUGCAUGGAAAACCAAGGAUAGGCCUUGUGAAGAUGCCUGCCCUGACAAGGAGUGUUCCACCUGCUCCAAGGAGAAGGUGCUGGUCCUCCAAAAACCCAACUACUGCGGCCUCCUCACGGCCCCCGAGGGGCCCUUUGGCUCCUGCCACAGCGUCGUUGACCCCACCCCAUAUUCCCAAUCCUGCAUCCAUAACCUCUGUGUGACUGGAGGGGAUACAGGUGCCCUGUGCCAGAGCAUCCAGAGCUACGUCAGCAUGUGCCAGGAUGCUGGAGUCGCUGUGGGGGAUUGGAGGACACCGUCCUUCUGCCCCCUCCCCUGCCUGGCCAACAGCACCUACUCCCUGUGCACCAACACCUGCGCCAACACCUGCGCCGGGAGGGCUGCCACGUGUCCCCAGACCUGUGCUGAGGGCUGCCAGUGCCACCAGGGCUCCGUGUCAAAUGGGCAGGGCUGCAUUCCCGAGGAGCAGUGCGGAUGCUUUGAGGAUGGGCGAUACUACAAGCCCUAUGAGGUGGUUUUCCAGGAUCGCUGCCAGCGCCGGUGCUCCUGUAUCCCAGGCCAGGGCCUCACCUGCCACGACCACUCCUGCACUGAGGAUGAAUCCUGUGAAAUUCGGGAUGGGGUCUUGGGAUGUAUCAACAAAAACCCCUGCAAGUCCCUGAGGUGCCGCCCCAAGGAGCGGUGCCGGCCCCGUGGCUCCGAAUCCCGCUGUGUCCCAGCGCUGGUGGCCACGUGCUGGGCAUGGGGGGAUCCCCACUUCCGUACCUUCGACGGGCUAGAAUUCGACUUCCAAGGAACCUGCACCUACACCAUGGCCGAAUCCCAUGGGAAUGACCCCAGGCUGGAGCCCUUUAGGGUGGAGGCCAGGAACGACAUCCGGGGCGGGAUCAGAUCCGUGUCCUAUGUCUCCGUCGUCAACAUCGACGUCUAUGGACAACGCGUGUCCUUCCACCACAACGAGGACGGGAAAGUUCGGGUGAGCUGGGGGGGAAAGGGGAGAAAUCUGGGAUUUUUUCCAAUUUUUUUCUUUAUCCAGCACUUCCCAACAUCCUUCUUCAUCUGGCCAAUGGUUCUGUCAGCACUAGUGUUGUUUUGGGAUAAAUCAGUCAGACUGGGAGGUAGAUUGUUGAAAUUUUGGGAUGUUUUGGGGAUAAAAUGGAAUAAAAUAGUGAACGGGGAGCUGGCCCUGCUCCCAGUGUUCCUGGUGGAUGGGAGGCUCCGUGUCCAUCCCAGCGGGCUCCGCGUCACCCUGGACACGGAUUUUGGGCUCCGGGUCUCCUACGACUGGAACUGGCAUCUCUUCAUCGACCUCCCCAGCAGCUUCUUCGGCCACGUCCAUGGCCUCUGUGGAAACUUCAACCUGCAGCCCCUGGACGACAUCCCCGAGGCCGGCGACAACAUCCCUGCCCUGGUGGCCUGGGCCAGGGGCUGGAGAAGCUCCGACCCCGAUGCCCAGGAUCCCCUUUGUUGGGAUCACUGUGAUGGGGAGUGCCCAGUGUGCGAGGAGAAGGAGCUUUGGGGUGGGAACAGCUACUGUGGGAUCAUCAAGAAGUCCUUCCAGGGGCCCUUCCGGGCAUGUCAUGCUGUGGUGAAGCCCCAGGAGUUCUUUGGCAGCUGCCUGGCCGAGCUGUGCCGGAGCCGCGGCGCGAGGCAGGUCCUGUGCCGGGUGCUGGAGACUUACGCAGCCACGUGCCGGAGGAGCGGGGCGACCGUGGGCGACUGGAGGACACCAGCAGGAUGCCGCCCCAGGCCCCCCAGAGCCCCCCCUUUCCAUAGGGUCCAUCCUCCCAGGCCUUGGGGCUCUGAGGGGCCACUUGGCGGGCACUUCAGGUCCUGGGGGGCAUUUUUGGGGCACUUCUGGAGCAGUGAGAUCCAUCUCAGUGUGAAGCCCUCAAAUCCCUCUUCUGGAAGUUCUCCAGAACCUUCUCCUGGUGCUCCAGACUCUGCUCCUUGUGACCCAGACCCCAUCCUGUGUGUCCCAGACCCCUUCCCAUGUGUCCCAGACGCUGUCCUGCCUGUUCCCACACCCUUCGCACAUGUCCCAGACCCCAUCUCACUUGUCCAAGACCCCAUUCCCUGUUUCCCAGACCUCCUUGCAUGUCCCAACCCCCAUCCUGCAUGGCCCAGACCCUUCCUACAUGUUCCAGACCCUGUCCUGCCCGUUCCCAGCCCCCAUCCCUUGUAUCCCAGACCCCUUCCCACAUGUCCCAGCCCCCAUCUCACACUUCCACACUUCCUAGACUUUCCUCCUCAUGCUCCAUACCCUUCUCCUGGUUUCCCAGACCCUUUCCCACCCCUCCCAUCAGAUGCUCUCCACUCUCUCCAUCCCUCAUCCCAGUUCUCUCUCUCCCCAGCCCUCCCUUGCCCCGAGAACAGCCACUAUGAGCCAUGUGGCACUGCCUGCCCAGCCACCUGCUCCGACCCAGAUGCUCCCUCCUCGUGUGCCCUGCCGUGCGUGGAGUCCUGUGCAUGUGACCAUGGCCACGUGCUGAGCGCCGGGCACUGUGUGCCUGUGUCCCGCUGCGGCUGCACCCGUGCCGGGCGCUACCACCGCCCCGGUGAGGAGUUCUGGGGGGACCCCUUGUGCCGCUCCUGGUGCCGCUGUGACCCGGAGCUGGGCAUGGUUGUGUGUGAGGAGGCCAGGUGUAAGUCAGGUGAGGUGUGUGCCGUGGUGGAGGGCGUCAGGAGGUGCGUGGCUACCAACCGCUCCAUCUGUGUGGCCACGGGGGACCCCCACUACACCACCUUCGACGGGCACCGCUACGACUUCAUGGGCACCUGUGUGUACCUGCUGGCCGGGCUGUGCUCCCCUGACCCCACCCUCGUGCCCUUCAAUGUCACCGUGGAGAACAACCACCGUGGGAACAACCGUGUGUCCUUCACCAAGGUGGUCACCUUGGAGGUGUUCAAUGUGAGCCUCAGCCUCAGCCAGGAGCACCCCAAGAAGGUCAAGGUUGACGGCGUCCUGCUGGACCUGCCCUUCUCUCACCCCUCCCACGAGCUCCGGGUGUCCCUGCGGGGUGUCCACGGCUUCAUCAGCACGGCCUUUGGUGUCACCGUCACCUUCGACUGGCACAGCUACGCCCGCGUGAUCCUGCCCGGCACCUUCACCGGCGCCGUCUGUGGCCUCUGCGGCAAUGCCAACGGAGACCCCCAUGACGACUUUGUCACCCGCCAGGGCCACCCUGCCCACAAUGACACCCACUUUGGGGACAGCUGGAAGGUCUCUGAGGUCCCUGGGUGCUCCCCAGGGUGCACUGAGGGCUGCCAGGGGUGCAGCAACACCCAACGCCGUACCUACCGUGGGGACAAGCACUGUGGCAUCCUGGUGAAGAAACGGGGGCCCUUGGCCACGUGCCACGAGGUCAUUGACCCCGCCCCAUUCCUGGAGGACUGUCUGUUUGACACGUGUCUCUUCGAGGGCCACCACGACACCGUGUGCCAGGCUGUGGGCGCCUACGUCAGCGCAUGCCAGAGCCGCGGCGUGGCCGUGGGGCCCUGGCGCACACACGCAUUCUGCAGCCCUGUGUGCCCCCCGAACGAGCACUACGAGCUGUGUGGCCCCCCCUGCCCCCCGACCUGCCAGGACGAGUCCGGCCCGCCGUCCUGCCCCGAGCCCUCCCCGUGCUCCGAGGGCUGUUUCUGCGAUCCCGGUUAUUUCCGAAGCGGGGAUUCCUGUGUCCCGCUAUCCCAGUGCGGCUGCACUCUGGAGGGUCGUUAUUACCCCCGGGGGGCGCAGUUCUACCCCUCCCCGUCCUGCACCCAGCGCUGCGUGUGCUCUAGGGGGGGGCACGUGGAGUGUGAGCCCACCCCGGGGUGCCCCCCGGGCCAGGAGUGCGGGGUGCGAGACGGGGUCCUGGGGUGCCACCCCCGCAGCGCCUGUGGGCACUGCCAGCUCCUGGGGAGGGGCACCUACAGCACCUUCGGGGGGCAACUGGGGGGCUUCGGGGGGUCCUGCACCCUCCCACUGCUGGAGAUGGACGCGGGGGACCCCGAGGAGGGGCCGCAGCCCCUCAGGGUGGCCCUGGAGCAGCACGAGGGGGAGGUGAGGAGGGUGACGGUGACGGCGCAGGGGAUGACGGUGGCCAUGGACAGGGGACAGCGCUGGGAGGUCAUGGUGGACGGUGAGCGCCACGUGCUCCCCCUGUGGCUCGGGGGGGGCUCCCUGGGGGUCACCCAGGUGGGGUCCCACCGGCUGCUCCACGUGCGGGGGGGGCCCAAAAUCCUGUACGACGGCGAUUCCUACGCGGUGCUGACGCUGCCUCCCGCGCAACAACCCCUGCGCGGGCUCUGCGGGGACCCCAAAAUUUUGGGGACGCCCCCCCCGAACUGCACACAUGCGGACCCUGCGGGGACCCCCCCGUGCCCCCCGGGGCGCUGCGCGGUGCUGGCGGACCCCGCAGGGCCCUUCGGGGGGUGUCACCGCGCGGUGCCCCCCCGGGCGCACCUGGACACGUGCGAGCUCCAGGUGUGCGCGGGAGGGGCCGGGGGGGGCGAUCCCUGCCCCGCAUUCCAGGGAUACGCGGCCGCGUGUCAGGCGGCGGGGGGGGAACUCCGAGAGUGGCGCGAGGAGACAGGAUGUCCCCUGCUGUGCCCCCCCCGCUCCCAGUACCAGCUCUGUGCCCGCACCUGUGCCCGCACCUGCGCAGGUGUGUCGGCCCCGCCCCCCUGCAGCGGGCGGUGCUUCGAGGGCUGUCAGUGCUCUGAGGGGCUCCUUUUCGACGGCGCCCGCUGCGUCCCCCCGGGGAACUGCGGCUGCUUCCACCAAGGGCGGUACUUCCAGAUCGCCCAGACCAUCCUGACCCGGGACUGCUCCCAGUCCUGCACAUGCCGGGGCCCAGGGGGGCUCCAGUGCCGCCCCUUCUCCUGCCCCCUGGGCCACACCUGUGACCUCUUGAAUGGCACCCGGACUUGUGUUCCCCGCCCAGGGCGGUGCCUCCUGUCCUCCCCCACCCACUUUGUCACCUUUGAUGGCCUCCCCGGGGCCACCCUGGCCACCGGCAUCUACGUGGUGGCCACUGUGUGUGACCACCGGGCCCCCACCUGGUUCCGGCUGCUGGGGGUCAUUGGGGACAUCGGGGACCACCCAGGGGUGGUGGCCCUUCACCUCUUCACCCACCAUGGGCUCAUCACCGCCCGCAUGGACGGCAGGGUCUGGCUCAACGGAGUCCCCACCCCCCUCCCCGCAGAGCUCUCGGGGAAGUUGAACAUCACAGAGUCAGGCGGGACCCUCCAGAUCGAGUGGAUCCCGGGAUUCCAGGUGGAACUGGGAGCCCAGGGGGUGGCCCUGGAGGUGACAAAGGACACUCGGGGGACUCUCUGUGGCCUCUGCGGGGACUACGAUGGGGCCACGACCAAUGACCUGCGGGGCCCCGACGGGACAGUGACAGGGGACACGAGGGAGCUGGCACAGGCCUGGAGGGCUCCUGACUUCAGCCAGUGAUGCAGAAAAUCGACUUUUCGCCGCUUCCGUGACCCGAAACCGCCCCGGAGACGGAACAGCCGCGUUUCUGUAUCCCUCAAACCCGCCCUGCCCCUCCCCCCAAAAAAAAUAAAAGUUGGGAAGAAAA